AUGCACUGCUACUCCGGUGGUAGGAUGUUUGUGUCCAUAUGUUGUUGCGCGAUGCGCAGUACGCAGCUUUACCUAGCCGCAGCUCCAUUGUGCAUGUUCUAUUCUUUGCAGAUACGAGUGAACCUUUCCAUCAUUGCUAGAAAACUAAAACGUCAGAACCUAAACUGUCUAAAUACUAGUGAUCUUUAAGGAUGUGCAGGAUCUUGAUAGCAGCGAGUGCCCGCAGCAAUAGCAUGAUCGUGCGUCAGCGUUAAAGUGAUGAAGUUUGUAGAUGAAGGCGUGAAGCCGAAGACAUUGUGGCUUACAGUUUCCUCUACAGGCAGGCCCUCUGUGGCGUUUGUAUCCUUGUGUUACUUUCACUUCCUCGGGUCGCCCUUUUUUUGGUGAUCUCUCUUGUACUGAUUCUUGACUUCGUUUUCGUGUUUCGUAUUUAUCUAGAGCUUCAGAUCGUCCAUCGCUCAACCAUGGCGUUCGAGGUCCAACCUCAGUGGAGCCUCCCAGAGGCCAUGGGCCACCUCUGUGACCAUAAAGGUGAUAGCGUUGCCGCGAACAAGGAUUUCCUUGUUUGGCUAGCCGGUAUUGACGAGAAGACUGCAACCCUCGAGGCACUGCAGUUCAUCGAGAAGGUCGGCAUGAAGUUGGUCCAGCAAGCACUCACAGCUAGCGCUGACCUCUGCGGUGCCACUAUCAAAGAUGCGCUGCCGGAUCCAGACUUUCAAGCCGGUCACAGAGCCUUUGCGCGGAGGGCCCAGCUGGUGGCGGAGGCGCAGUGCAACUUUGUGGACCCGGCCUCCUUUCAGGGUUCAGGAAAUAGCGUGGUAGUAAACCAUGGCAGAGACGACGGCGUAGACCCGGCUGCGCCGAGCUUCGACGUCGAUGACAGGCUCCGGGCCGCUGGUUUCACCUUACCUCAGGAACUACGCGCUAGCGCAUCAACAAUUGCUGCAUUGGAGAGGCAGCAGAAGAAGUCGACUACACCGUUCUUCACUCCGUUUGCGCCGGAUGACAAGCGGUGGGCCCCUCCGCAUGCCCGGGAAAACUGCGAGGGCACAUGGAGUCACUUCGUAGUGGCCUUUAUCGCAUAUGCGUCGGCGAUGGUAGCACUCAAUGUGCUCGACAUUCCUUCCAGUUUCAGCUACUUCGGUCAGCUUAGCGCGGUGGCACUAGAACACAGCGUCGGCGCCGCUAAGCAGCUCAACACAAUCAUGAUGAGACGCUUCGAGCGACAGGUAGGGCCGGCGACACCUGCCCACAACCUCCUCGCCGUACCAUUCACAGAGCGCGAGAUAAGCUCCGCUGCGCGUCAUGCCGCGGACGAAGCGAAGAAGCGGCAGCUCAAGCAAGCUGUUGAAAAGGCCAAGAAGAACAAGGAGAAAGAGCGGCGUGGGGAGCGAGAUCGCGGCGACACGGACAGGCACCAGAGAGAUCGUCGCAGCUAUAGCCGCCCAAGAAGCGGCUACUACUCUUCCAACAGGAAGGCUUCGCGCUCGCGUGAUCGUGGAGGCCGCAGGCCCACUCAGGAACGAGAAGGGCGACCAUCAAAGUCAGACCGUGUCAGGACUGACAUCCAGAAAGCACUGCGCAGAACGAACCAAAGCAAGGACGCUCGCUCUCCCUCAGUGUCGCGUAGGGGCAGCCACUCUGACGGUGACGCGUCCAAUUGACUGCUCUCAGUCAUGGACUUACUGGAGCAAGUUGGCUCCCCCCUGUAUUCCUACAGUCUAGUGCGCUACAUAUGCACAGCCGCGCCUGUUUCUUUCGCGGUCAGUCAGUGCAAGCAUUUCCAUUCUAUCAAGGUCAAGCUGGAGGGUGCGUGGUGCAGCAUGGUGACAGAUCACGUUCCUCUCGAGAUCCAGCAUGUUUCCCGCCCGGUUAAUCUUUUACUAUGGGACGAGUUGGACAUGGUCUACCCACGUUUCCGGAGGUUCUCUUUCAUUCGGAGCGGGUUCAUGGAAGGCUUCCCGCAAGUGGGUCGGCCGUCACUACUGCGUAAGGUCAGGAAGGUCAGGAACGCCGAGCUGCUGCGCAGAAGUAAAGGCGAGAAGUUUACCGCAGAAAUGCAGAAGACCCUUGAGGAGAAGGUUGGCGAUGCCAUAGAAAAGGGAUUCUUGCUAGAGUUACCCCAGCCCCCGCGUUGGUACAUUCAGGAUGCUAACUUUACCCGCAGGCAUUUGACAUGGUCGGCAGAAAAGUGGAGGCUAGCGGACGACUUUACGGAGAGCUUUAUAAACUAUGACUAUCAAACUCAGGACAUUCAUCAUGACAAGGUCGCCGAGCUAGUGGCUUCGUUGCAGCUUGCCACAGCUCUCGGCGUACCGUCUUCGCAGUUUCUGCUCACCAAAGACGACACUUCAGCGGCAUUCAAUCGACUUCCUAACCAGCCUCAGGAGUUCGAGUUUCUGGCGCUCACGUGCUUGGGGCGCGCCUUCGUGCCGUUAGUAAAUCCAUUUGGUACUCGCGCAAGCGUCGACAACUGGGAGGCGACUGGGAGCUUUCAUAAUUACAUAUUGAGUGGUGUGUUUGGCUUGCCGCGCAAGCGCUUUGUUGACGACCGUUUUGGGCUCGUGAUCCGCGGCAAGGUUUUCGGUACUGUAGAGCAAGAUGUUGCUCAGCUGCUGGGCCUGCCAAGCGACCCGAAGAAGUUCGCACCUGCUGCAAGAUCGAUGGUCGUCCUGGGUAUCAUGGUUACCAUCGAGGGCGACGCGGUUGUUCUCAGGAUACCCCCUGCUAAGGCACAGAAGUAUGCGCUACACAUUGAGGAGUUCCUCUCGUCAGGAAUGCUCCGCUGCUCUGACGCCAGCCGCUUGCGACACAAACUGUUCUGGGCCUCCUCAGCGAUCUUCUUCAAGGCUGGUAGGGCGAUGCUUUACCUCUUGGGCAAUAGGGCGCGGUCGCCAAAAGAAGACAUCUCCGAAAACCUUCGCACUUGUCUGCAAUGGUGGCGCGCUCUUCUUCUUGAUGCAGAGUCAGUUCUUUUUCGACGUUUCCCUCUUGUGGGGAGAUCGGUCCCUCCAAUGGUUCCGCUCUUGAUUGCGUCGGACGCUUGGUUUGCGCCAGGGGAGCCGCUAAUUAUAGCGGGCGUAGCAGGUGGUGUGUACUUUCGCGAGGUUGUGGCUGAGCCUGAGGCCUUCUUUCCGGAUUACAAUCUGCGCAAACGCAAGAACAAAAUCAUCUUGGGUGAGCUCUUGGCUGCUGUUGUCGCUGUUUUGACCUUCGUUGGCUCUGGCUCUUGUGAGCUGCUCGUAGACAAUCAGUCCGGAAUAGGCAUGCUGCAGAAAGGUUACUCCAAGGUGUUAGACGUGUCGAUGUUCAUUGGCAACUUUUACUUAUUCGCGCUCACGCGAGGCAUCUGCGUGGAGGAGAUUACGUAUGUGCCCAGCGAAUGGAACACUGCAGACGUUCCUACUAGGGACAAGCAUGCGCUGGAGCGAGAAGGCUUUCAGCAGGUGCCGCCGGUUCUAUCCCGGUGUGGUUUCUUGAGUGAGAAGCAGUUCGUGACGAAUUUUGAUGCGGUUAGCUUUUCGGGAUUAGGAAGGGCCUAGCCGCUGAGUUUCUGUUUUUCUUGUAUGCCUUGGCAUUCAUUCACACACACACACACACACACACAUGAUGAAGCUGUAGCGAUUUGAUCGAUAUCUUGCCUUACUUCGGUUGUUUUCUUGUUAAAUGAUUUGGCGCUUGCGCGUCGAGAAGGUUAGUGCCUGCGCACUUGCUUGUCUGUUUUGGGGGCUGUCUCUUUGUGAGCUGCGUCUUGUAUGUAGCUCCUUUCUGGUUUCGGCGGAUUGUCUUCUGCUGCAGCGGCAUUUCUUUGGCAGCUACAGCGCGUUGUCUUAAUAAUUUUGGCUUGCCUAAAUGAGCCCUCCCUUUUGGCUUGAGCUUUUUCUGAAGCAGUGCUUGCUCUGCUGCUUGCAACCGCAGCGUGGUUUGGGCGUCGAGGGCUGGCCGGCUGGGCAGUUCUUUAUUUAAGUUUGCGCUCAUCUUGCGUGAUUGCUUAGUAUGUUGUUAGCUGCUUCUCAACUCUCCAGUGAUUGCGCUUGUGUUUACCUUGCUGUCGAUGUUGAUCGUGCCCCCUUAGUAAGUGACUUGCGCGUAUGCAGGAUGUUUAAAAAGCUUGUCUGUAAGCAGACGGACAUGACGGAUAAAGGUGCCGCUGCACCCAAACAGGAGCGACAGUUGUCACUGAGUGCCCCUGCCGCUGGCAGCGUCGGCCCUCAGCGAGCAGGAGUAGGACUUUUCCAGCAAAUGUGUGGCUCUGGUGCUUUCCAUCGGUCCACUAUGCAAUUGCCGACCCAUAGUGCUAUUGUGGCAGCCCCCCUGGGUCCCGGAACUGCUUCCGCCUUGCCUUCUGAUGAUGGGUUUCCUCCUAGUGCUGCGCCGCUGCAAUGUGGUGACUCCGCGAAGGCUGCGCUUGCCUCCCUGUCCUCUGAGUCAGACUUGUCCGUGGUUGUCAGGGUGCUCGAAUUGUAUGAGGCCGAUCCGAGUCUCGGCCUUGGCAGUGGUCCUUCGGGGACUCCGUUGCAGGAGAUCGCGCUCUUGCGCACUCAAGGGUCUGAUGCGCGAACCCGUGCGCUUUGCGUUGGCAAGAAAGCGGUUUUGGAUAAUGCUGGCCGAAGUGUUAAGUGCUAUGGCACGGGACUUCGAGUGUGGAUCCGCUGGUGUAAAAAGGUCGGGCACUCGACCCAGAUUAGGCACAUCUCAGAGGAGGCUGUUCUGCGGUACUCCGCAGUCUUUCGCUCAGGUAGGACCUUUGAGCAGUAUAUGCAGCACCUUCGGUUUGCUUGCAAAUUGGCCGGCGCCUCGCUCGUAUGGUGCACCCCUGCGGUGCUCACAGCCAAGUCUGGCCUCAAGAAAGUCCGAGAUAUUGCGGUUGCACGGAAAGCGUUGACGAAAGACCUUGUUGCGCGCUUACUGCGUGUUUGCGCCGGGAGUGGUUUGCUUGAGCUCCGUGACAUUUUCUUGGUUUCGUUCCACUACAUGCUUCGCGUGAAGAGUGAACUACUUGCGGCAAAGUGUUCCCAAGUUUCCCAUGAUCCUACGACGAAAUCCGUAACGUUGAUUUUCCGGCGGAGGAAGAACUCUACGCGGCAGGUGGAAGUCUCCCGGCGAUGCCGUUGCGGUUCAUGCCUGUGUGGUGCUUGUGCUGUCCUCCGUCUACGGGACCGCGCGCACGCAAGAGACCCGUCUUCUGCUGCUCCCCCGCUUGUUCGAUCGUCUUAUGCUGACGUUCGUGACGGCCUCCGGAGGUCUCUUGUGCAAAUUGGUGUUGAGCCUGAUGGCUAUGGAACCCACAGCUUUCGGAAAGGUGCUGCGCAGGAGAUGGUUAGAAGUGGUUCGUCUUUGCGCCAGAUAUUGUUGGCCGCUGGAUGGAAGAGUGCUGCUUUCAAGGCGUGCAUGGACAUGGGUGAAAUUGAAACAGCGGCUUCGGCUGCCUUGGAGCUUAGUGACUCAAGCGAUGACGCCGGUGACGCGUAAUCGGCUGCUUUGUCGAUAGCCGGCUUCCUUGUGGUGGGUGCGCUGUUUCCGACUUGCGCUUGGCGGAAGCGGCUUCUGCUGGUCUCGUUGCGCCGCUUCCUUGUGUCGUGGCCAGCGAGAUGUGCGCCCACCACGGCAACUGAGGGCCGGCCCGGAGAACUUCGUGAUCUUUAAGGAUGUGCAGGAUCUUGAUAGCAGCGAGUGCCCGCAGCAAUAGCAUGAUCGUGCGUCAGCGUUAAAGUGAUGAAGUUUGUAGAUGAAGGCGUGAAGCCGAAGACAUUGUGGCUUACAGUUUCCUCUACAGGCAGGCCCUCUGUGGCGUUUGUAUCCUUGUGUUACUUUUACUUCCUCGGGUCGCCCUUUUUUUGGUGAUCUCUCUUGUACUGAUUACCCGCCCGCCCUUUGCCCUGGUCUCGUUGCGCCGCUUCCUUGUGUCGUGGCCAGCGAGAUGUGCGCCCACCACGGCAACUGAGGGCCGGCCCGGAGAACUUCAUCAGAUAUGCAUGCCGCGUUCAACAACGAAGAUAAUACUAACGAUCACGCUUAUUUGUUGACGACGCGCGGUUUUUUUCGAGGGGAUCUUUUUGUGCGAGUCUAGUGCGAGUAGAACCGCUUUUUGUUCUUGUAUGUUGUGUCACUCAAGACUGACUAGGCACGGUCUGGUCGGGCGGAUCAACCCAUCUGAGUCUGAAUCCGAAAGACACAAGUAAAAGAAGCGUUCGGUUCUGUCUUGGUUUGCCAACGUUUGCACAAGCUCGAUCUUACCGAGUUCGCCUCGGCGGUGCCUUUUCAACGAGCAGAAGAAAGAAUGUUGUUUCAUGUAUUGGUACCCGCCGUUGGUAGACGUACGAUGAUGAAAAUACUCUGCUAUGAACAAGAUAUCAUAUGGGUGCAUGUAGGUCGCGCGAAAAAACAGUACGGAAAUGACGCAUUUAGGGACCAACAAGACAUUGACAUUUUUUUAGCUUGGCUUUUAUCGUUUUUAAUAGUAGGAAAUUUGUAGUAGUAGCAUUUUCGUUGAGAAGAGCAAAAACAAGUGUAAGACGGAUUCUUUUUCAGACUGCACUAGUCAAAAGGGUAGUUAGUUAUCAAAAAAACAACUAAGAAUAGCAAUUUAACACGUCACGUGUGAUGUGUGUUUCGACGAAUUUUGUUGAUGAAGAAUACAGCCUGUUGUGUGUGUGAAUCAGAACUGAUUUGUGAAUACCCCAUACUUAGAGAUCGCACCCCCGCUUCAGUUAAAAAUAUGUACGCCUACUCUUUCGAGUACUUAAGUAUCGACUUGAAACAAAGUUUAUGAUACAACUCAGAAGUGGUGACUCUGUAGCCUUGUAGUUGCUGAGACAGGAUCAGGAAACGUCUACAAUACAGUAUGACCUUGACUGAUCUUGUGAUUUUCAGUUUUUAGACGCUGCUUUCCUCCGAGCAAGGAGACUCAUUUGAGAAUAUAAAGCCCCUGUCAUAUCUUUGUGAUUUUAUCUACUUUUACGCUGUAGAGACACCUAAAAAAGUGAAUCGAUUUUUUUUAUACGCACUGGGUCCUAGUCUGUUAAGAAUGAGUGCGUUAUUUGAUGAUCCACGGAUACUCUGCUUCUGAAUGUGGAGACCUGUUUGUGUCAACAUUCAUCUCAAGAACGUGCCUGCGUAAACUUGUCGCUAAUCUGUCACUUGUGAAAGAUGGAGUAGGCCACACGUGCGGACGCACAAUCCGAUCCAUCUCGUGCUAGUUGCUUACUCAUUAUGCAUACUGAGACUUAUCUAGCGCCGCAGCCGCUCAAGCAUGAUACGCAAGAAGAGGAAAGCUAGGAAAACGUUUUCAUAUACCCUUGUUCACAUCACACACAUACGCAUGAAUGCCACUGACCGAGGUGCAAAAUCAUCAGUACAUAUCGCGAGCACUUUUAUUCUGGCCCGCGAGUGCAUAACAUGGACGCCUGUUGUCCUUUUACUUAUUUUAACACCAUGUUGAUAAAUUUAUUGCAGACCAACACACUCAUUCCUCCCCGAGAAGAGUCCCGAUUGGUGUAGAUUUGUUGGCCGAAUGUACGGCCCUAUGCUCCCCCAGUAUGCACCUACUUGGUUGUUUGUUUAGGAGAUGUGUUUAAUUGUUUAAGAGGAUGGCAGCAUAUAGUCCUAACGAAAAAAAAUAUAACAGACAUGUUUAAGUGAUUAAAAGGGCGGCAGCAUAUAGUCCUAACGAAAAAAAAAAACCGGCCUGAGGUCCGGGGCGACAUACAGGGAGACGCGUCAUUAUCGUUAUCAUUACCACAUAAUUCAGCAGUCAUAUCGAUCAUGAGAAAUACACAAGUAAUUGGCGUAACCCGAGAUCUUCACCAUCGUGAACGAUCCUGAUGCACAAACAUAUUAUGUUCGGUGACGGUGACAGGAGCUUGACGACUAGGUAUGCCUUACAGACCGAGUGUUAUGCGAUGAGUAGCUUGCUGAAAGAAAAAACAAAAUGUCCUAAAAUUCAUGGAUGCUGUAACUAGAGAGAACUGCUACCAAGAUAUGCCUAC